CUUCCCAUGUACCUCGUGCCUUUUCAUUUACCAUUUUUUACUUUCCACCUUUUCUUUAUUUAAUCCUCCAAUAUUCUCUCUCUCUCUCUCUCUUUAAAUUUCUUUUUCCCCCAAACCAAAAAAUUUAUUCAAUUCCCUCUUCCUCUUCUUCUUCCUCAAUCCUUACUCUCCUCCAUUCCCGCCAUGGCUAGGGCAACUGUUGAGCUUGAUUUCUUCGGUCUCGAGAAGGAGGCUUCCUCCAAGUCUCAGUUUCACUCUCUCCUUCACCGCAAGAGAAGUUUUCGAGGCAUUCACAGCGCCAUUUCCAAGAUCGAUCCUCAGCUACUCAAAUCUGUCAUCGGCUCUGCCUCCUCCAUUUCUCAGCCUCCUACUCCCAAAGCUGCUGCUAACCACAACGUUCUCUCGCCUUUGCCUCUCUAUACACCUAUCUUCAAGCCGACCGGUUCUGAAUUGCUUCAACAUACAUCUCAGAUGACUAUCUUUUAUAACGGAACUGUCGCCGUUUUUGACGUUCCUCGUGACAAGGCUGAGAACAUUCUGAAACUUGUUGCGGAAGGAAAAGCGGAAGCCAAUCCUACGGUUGCAAUUCCAUCCACCGACCACCAGCAACAGUUGCUUGCAUCUCUUGAUGGAGAUCUUCCAAUCGCAAGGAAGAAGUCGCUUCAAAGAUUCUUAGAGAAGCGUAAGGAGAGGUUGACUACGGCUUCACCAUAUGCAUUCCCCUGCCCCCACCUAACUUAGAUGGAGAAGAUCAAAUCAACAUUACGCGUUUUCUCUGACACAGAUAAAUCUCUCUUUUGCUUUUAGUUAAGAAAAAUAUUCAAAAGGACAUAUAUAAAUAUAUAGAUAUAUAUGAUCUUAUUUUUAUGCCCUGGAGGUUAUGGUAGCACCUUCCCUUUUGGACUUUCCUUUGUAUAGCCAUAGAAGGCCCAUAGGCCACAUAAUGUUAUAGCAACUUAGUAGUGGUAUUGGGGGUAGAGAGUUCGACUUUGUUUGAUAAUCCCUUGUUAUUUUAUUUUUUUGUUAUUUUUAAUUUUAUAUAUGCUACUUGACUUUUUCUAA